CGGAAGUUCAACUGUUUGACUUUCGGUGAUAGAGCUUACUGCGGUACGAUGGCAAUGCUUGUGAAAUAUGGCACUUCUUUAGCAAAGCUUGGCCUUCUUGGUGGUGCAGUUGGUGUGACAAGUCACUAUGGUGUGUGGGGUGACACUGAACAAGGAGUCCAGGCCUACAAGCAACUACAGGAGCUGGUAGAACCAUACACUCCAGAAGAAAUAUCCAAGUUGAAGCCUAUGUCAUCUUUAGGCCUGGACAGCAGAAGUGACAGUGUCCAGAAAACUUUUGAGUUUGUGAGUGAUGCUCCUAGUCUGGUCAGUGGAGGCAUGGACAGUUUGACAGACACUGUUAAAAAGCAGUUUAAAGAGUAGAUACAGUGAUACGUGAAUUUCCUUACAUUCUAUCCUUAUAUAGCACAACCAUAUCUUCUGUUGUUCCAAAAUCAAUUACAACAGAAAUAUAUGUUUAAUAUCACAGUGGUUCUGGUCAUUCAGACUCUCAAAUUGAAGAGAUACAAGAGAUAGGAAAUCUUUGCUAAUGUAAAAGCACAAGGUAGUUACAAUCACAGAUCGGCACGUACACUGUAUAUUUGAUAUAUACAUUUGUAUUCUGUUUGAAGAUCUCAGAUCUUCUGGUCUGCAAGAUUGCUAUCAAUAGAUUAAAGAAAUUUUGUCAGAUUCUUGGAUAUGUUGAGUGUUAAAAAUGAUGAUUUUUGUCAAUAAAUUCUAUAAGGUGGAAUGCUGGAAAGUAUGAAAAAGAUUCGGUCAUGCAGACAGACAAGUUGAAGAGAGAAGCUACAGGCAUGUGUCAAGUGUGUUUGUUUUUAUCACGUAUAUAAUCCUGUUAUGUUUUUUUAAAACAAUUGUAAAUAAAUUUAUUAUACAAAGA